AAGGAGCCGCAGCCAUUUUUUUUAAAACCUCUUUUCCUCCCUCCUAUUUUGGAAGCAAGAGCGCAGAAGAGUAGGUUCUCGGAAGCUGAGCGCAAGUGGAGCAGGAGGGACCGCAGCUAGAGGCUGCAGCGCUUGCCGGGAGGGCGGAGGCGAGGGCCUGCCCAUAGGAAGGGCGGAGUGUGCGCGUCCCCCGCGCCUUGCAAUCAGCUGGGGCGGCCCAAGCUCCGGCUCGCAGCGAGUUUUAGCAUCUGGGGCCGAGCAAGGGUAGCGGGGUCUGCGCGCAGUUGGCGCGGCCGGUGCGCUGGGCCCAAGGGUGGGGCCGCGCGGCGGGGCUGAGACAGAACUGGCAGCUCCGGAUCCGGCCAGGGAGUCGUCGCGAUGCCCAGCGAAAACAUCUUCCUGUUUGUACCUAACCUAAUUGGUUAUGCCCGGAUUGUCUUCGCCUUCAUUUCUUUCUACUUCAUGCCCUGCUGCCCCCUCACGGCCUCCUCCUUCUACCUGCUCAGCGGGCUUCUGGACGCUUUCGAUGGACACGCUGCUCGAAUCCUUAAUCAAGGGACCCGGUUUGGGGCCAUGCUGGACAUGCUGACAGACCGCUGCGCCACCAUGUGUCUGCUGGUCAACCUGGCCCUGCUGUACCCUCGCGCCACCCUUCUCUUCCAGCUCAGCAUGAGUUUGGAUGUGGCCAGCCACUGGCUGCACCUCCACAGUUCUGUGGUCCGAGGCAGUGAAAGUCACAAGAUGAUUGACCUGUCUGGAAAUCCAGUGCUUCGCAUCUACUAUACCUCCAAGCCUGCUCUGUUCACCCUGUGUGCUGGCAAUGAGCUCUUCUACUGCCUCCUCUACCUGUUCAGUUUCUCCGAGGGACCUUUAGUUGGCUCUGUGGGUCUUUUCCGAAUGGGACUGUGGAUCACCGCCCCUAUUGCCUUGCUCAAGUCCCUCAUCAGUGUCAUCCACCUGAUCACAGCUGCCCGCAACAUGGCUGCCCUGGAUGUGGCAGACCGUGCCAAGAAGAAGUGACCCUGGAAUUCAGCCUCUGGCUGCUCACCUGCCCUGGGAGUCUCACUGUGCCACGCGGCUCCCGUCUCCCUCCUAGGAGGUCCAGGCUCAUGUCUUCCUAAUGUGUUGUCCAACCCGCGGGAAGUGGGUCAGCCUCUUUAGUGAUGUCAUGUUCUCCGAAAUCCUGCAGGCCAGUUCCACCCCUGGACUCGAAAUUGGGAAGGACUCUCAGGAACUCCCGCCCACACAGGCAGUACUUCCAGGGCGCCAAGAGGCUUAUCUAAGAACUGGGCAUUAUCACACCUGCUGGCUUAGCCCCGGGGUCUGGUUUGGCCUGAGACUUCAGGGACACUUGCAUGAGGGAGAUGGGGCAAGGGCCAGGUUUCCCAAAGACAGGGAAUCAGAACUCUGCCCCUGGCCAGAGGACGCCUGUGAGUACUGUGGCUGGGAGACUAGAAGCCAUCUAGACCUUUCCCCAUUGCAGUGUCCUUUGUCCAAUGGAUCCUAGCUCUGAAAGCCUCGAUAAUAAAGGCGGGGCUUCACUGUCCUGGACUUGCUUCCAUUUGAAAUGCUCUUGGGCUAGGGCCUGAGUUGAGGGGAGCUUGGGGAAGAAGGAAGAUCCCUCUGGCUGCUUUCCCUCCGUGUUUACUGGCUAGCUCCUUUCUGUCAUUCCGUAGAGACCGCAGAGAGAGACCCUCCGGGCCACCCAACAUUGUCACAUCCUCUUGCCCACCUGCUUUAUUUUCUUUAUGGUACUGUCACUGGCUGUCUACAUUUAUUUGUAUACCUGAUAUUUUCUACUCCCACAAGAAUGUAAACUCCAUGAGGGCACUGACUUUUCUUGUUCCUUCUCUAUCUCUACAUUGAAGAUUAACCUUAACCUGGCCUAUCGUAGCUGCUUAAUAAAUAUUCACAAGUAGA